UCAAGACCAGCGAAAGGAACGAGAGAGUAAAGAGAAGAUCAGAUCGAGCGUUGAACGAUCAUAAGCAUGGCCAAAUCGUCGUCCAAUUCCUCCAACAUUUUCCUUGCUGCGGUCUUGCUUUUCUUUGGAAACGUCUUCCUCAGAGCUCAAGCUAGUGAUGUCCACUACUACGACUUCGUCUUGAGAGAAAUCAACGUCACAAGGAAUUGUACAACCAAUACGAUUCUAGUGGUGAACGACAGUCUUCCCGGACCAACCAUUCAAGCUCGAAAGGGCGAUCUUGUGUACGUGAAGGUUCACAAUCAAGGACCAUACGGGGUCACUCUUCAUUGGCACGGGGUGAAGCAACCGCGAAAUCCAUGGUCAGAUGGUCCGGAGUAUAUUACGCAGUGCGCUAUUCCACCGGGAACAAAUAUUACUUAUGAAGUAAAUUUAACUGAUGAAGAAGGAACUAUUUGGUGGCAUGCCCAUAAUGAGUGGACAAGAUCUACUGUGUAUGGUGCUAUUGUCAUUCUACCACGUGAAGGAUCAAAUUUCCCAUUCACUACGCCGGAUGGAGAACAUUUAAUCUUGCUCGGUUCUUGGUUUAAUGAAGGAAUUUCUCUAAAUAAAGCUUUAGAGAUGGAAUUGUCUGCAGGCACUAAUCACGUACCUCGUGCAACUGGUUUCCUGAUCAAUGGACAAUAUGGAGAUUUUGUUCCUUGCUCCAACGAAAGCACGCCUCACUUUUCUGUCGAUUAUGGCAAGACCUAUCUCUUUCGUAUAGUCAAUGCAGCGGUCGGUUCAGAAAUGUUCAUCUCCAUCGCCGAUCAUAACAUGACGUUAGUUGGGAUGGACGGAGCGUACACAAAACCAAUCGUUGUUUCAUAUAUAAUGAUAGAAUCUGGACAAACGAUGGAUGUAUUAGUUACGGCAAAUCAAUCUCCAGGAAGGUAUUACCUGGCCGCUCAAGAAUUUUCAACUGAAGACAUCGAUUUCACCGAUUAUGUCCACGAAGUUGCUACUGCUAUCAUCCAGUAUAAAGGGAAUUUUAGUCUGACGUCACCACCAAGUUACCCAAAUGACACACUACCACUUUAUCAUGACUACAGUGCUGCAGCGAGUUUCAUACAACAGCUGAGAAGCUUGGCAUCUGAAGAACAUACCGUGGACGUCCCUCGCAACGUGACGACAAGGAUGUUCAUCACAGCUUCCCCGAAUCAUGUGGCAUGCCCAGAUGAUUCGUGUUAUUUCAAUGAUUACAAAGUUGCCGCAACCUUAAAUAACAUAAGUUGGGAGGACCCAUCUGUCGAUGUGCUACAAGCUUAUUACAGAAACAUCAGCGGAGUUUACACCAUGGAUUUUCCCGAUCUUCCUCCCGUUAUGUAUAAUUUCACGGGAGAUGAUUUGUCGACCAGUCUUGCCGACGCUGCCCAAGGGACAUCCGUGAAAGUUCUGAACUAUAACGAAACUGUAGAGAUCGUGUUUCAGGGGACUAAUCUGUUGGACCAAUCAGAAUAUCAUCCAAUGCACAUGCACGGAUAUAGCUUUUAUGUUAUUGGGGUCGGCUUCGGAAACUUCGACAACGAGACCGAUCCUCAAAUGUACAAUUUGGUUGACCCGCCUAAAGUCAAUACGUUUGGAAUUCCUAAAAGAGGGUGGGCUGCGAUUAGAUUCAGGGCAAAUAAUCCAGGUGUAUGGUAUUGGCAUUGUCAUAUAGAUCGACAUAUGAGCUGGGGAAUGAGCACCGCUUUCAUAGUGAAAAAUGGGGACACAGAAGAGACGAGUAUGAGGCCACCUCCUUCCUAUAUGCCUCCUCGCAUCACCUCCAAGGACAAACCAUACGGCGAAAUAGAUCAAACUUUAAAAGAUGACAUCUAAGUACUAAGAUCGGGUACAAUCACUUAGCCAUGGAAAGUCAGAUGCAUCAUAUGAGUAUAAGUUUGGUGCUUUUGGUGUCACAAAAAAAAAAAAUUGGAAUAAAUAUGUUAUAUAAGUACAAGUUUAAGGUUUUUUGUGUCACAAUAAAAA